AUGCAGCCCAAGAACUGCGUCGCGACGCGCACGAUGGCCCCGCUCGCGACUUUGCGUUCGGGCGUACAGUGCGGCGAGAGCACGAGCGACACGUCGCGCACGUCGCGUUUGACCGUGUCCCGCUCCAUCCCGUCACACUGCACCGUGGCGGGUCUCCUCGUAUUCCGUGACACAAACCGCGCGUUUCGCGAGCGUCUCACGCGCGUCCUCUACGACCAUGUCGUGCUUCACCUGAAACCGAAUAGGAAAGCCCGAACCAAGGCCGGCAGGCGCGAGGUCGUCGCCAAGCUCGGCGUCGGCCCGACAUGUGCCGCCCGAUCCGACGUCUACUUGCCGUGGCUCCCCUCCGCGGUACGCAUCCUCGAUAUCCGAACACCAGUGUGGGCAAACUUCCAUCCCUACGUCGCGCAAUUCAUCAACGUGCGGACUAUCCGCCGGCUUCGACAGAUUACCUUCAACAGAUACCACGAGUGGUACGACGAACCCUCAUGUCGUCGACGAGUCACUUGA